CCGUCCAUUUCAGUUCAUCGUCACUACCACCAUUCUUUUUAACCGGGACAACAUGGCUACUGCAGCGAGCCGUUACUACAGCGAAGACGGCAGGGCAACGAAAAGACAGAAAACCGACGGAAUGGCCACGGGAUAUGAAGAUCCACAUAAAACGCUUCCUUCCGUGGUGGUUCAUGUCCGGGGUCUUGUGGACGGCGUUACAGAGGCUGACCUUGUGGAAACCUUACAAGAAUUUGGAGCUAUCAGCUAUGUGGUGGUGAUGCCAAACAAGCGUCAGGCACUGGUGGAGUAUGAGGACAUGAAUGGAUCAUCUACAGCUGUAACCUACGCUGCAGACAACCAGGUCUACAUAGCUGGCCAUCCAGCCUUCAUCAACUAUUCUACCAGUAAGAAGAUCUCAAGACCGGGAGAUUCUGACGACUCUAGAAGUGUUAACAAUGUUCUUCUGUUUACCAUCAUGAACCCCAUCUAUCCCAUCACUACGGAUGUCCUCUACACUAUCUGCAAUAACUGCGGGCCUGUCCAAAGAAUUGUCAUCUUCAGAAAGAAUGGCGUCCAGGCAAUGGUGGAAUUUGACUCAGUGCAAAGUGCACAGCGGGCUAAGGCAUCACUCAACGGAGCAGAUAUUUACUCUGGCUGCUGUACUCUGAAAAUCGAGUAUGCAAAGCCAACUCGCUUGAAUGUGUUCAAGAAUGACCAAGACACCUGGGACUACACGAACCCCAGCCUGGGAGGGCCAGAUGGUGAUGCAGAUGGCAAUGGGAGCAAUGCAGAAGAUGUGAAUGCCAACCCCAACAAACGGCAGAGACAGCCGGCUCUACUUGGUGACCACCCUUCUGAGUUUGGUUACCCUAACUACGAUGACAAUUAUGGAUCCCCACAAUAUGAGGGUCGCCGUAUGGGUCCUCCAAUGAGAGGGCGAGGAGGAAGGAGCUAUGGGCCUGGCUAUGGACCUCCUCCCCCUCCUCCUGGCGAGUAUGGUGCCCAUGCUGAUUCUCCAGUUGUCAUGGUUUAUGGGCUGGAACCUGCCAAGAUGAAUGCAGACCGCGUUUUCAAUAUCUUUUGUCUCUAUGGGAACGUAGAGAGGGUGAAGUUCAUGAAGAGUAAGCCUGGGGCUGCCAUGGUAGAGAUGGGAGAUUGUUAUGCGGUGGACCGUGCUAUCACUCACCUCAACAACAACUUUUUGUUUGGGCAGAAACUUAACGUAUGCGUUUCCAAGCAGCAGGCUAUCGUACCCGGUCAGUGUUAUGAACUGGAUGAUGGCACGAGCAGUUUUAAGGACUUCCACGGCUCCAGGAACAACCGGUUCACUUCCCCAGAGCAGGCAGCUAAGAACCGAAUCCAGCACCCGAGCAACGUGUUGCACUUCUUCAACGCCCAGCCAGAUGCCACACCAGAGGUUUUCUCUCAGAUUUGUGAAGAUAUUGGUGUCAAGUGCCCAGUUAAUGUCAAGUUGUUCACUGGAAAAAGUGGCGCAGCUCCCAGUGAUCGCAGUGCUUCAGGUUUGCUGGAGUGGGAGUCCAUUAAUGACGCCAUGGAAGCACUGGCCAUGAUGAACCACCACCAAAUGAAAAAUCCAGCUGGUCCCUACCCUUACACCUUAAAACUGUGCUUCUCCACCGUUCAGCACGCCAACUGAGUACAUUUUGUAGCUCGAAGAUGAAGACUGGUCUGCCAUUCCCAUGUUCACAUGUACUCUGACCAUGUUUGCUUGCAGAACACUUAAGGAAAUUGUUUUUUUUUUUUUGUUUGUUUCUCUUUUUUUUUUUUUUUAGCCGCAUAUUUGGAAAUGACAGGCAUUUAAAUUAGAUAUUUAUGCCCCAGAUGUGGUUAAGAGUAUUAGUUCCUGUGUCUUGAAGUUGUCCUUUUUACUUUUUGUAUAAUGCUUACACUAACCUGACAUGGCAUAUUUGUGAGAUGGCUGGUUUUAUGCUCAGGUGGUUAGGUGGCAGUGGACAACAUGGUUUUGUAAAAGUUUUGAAACUUUUAUUAUCUACAUUUUUUCUUGUGUUAAUUUUAAUUGCUGACUGUUCAGUUCUGUGUUUCAGUGUCUGAUAUGCAGAUGGAGAAUCUUUUUGUUCUAAGAAAAUAAAAAAAGGAAAAAAAUUGA